AUGUUUAAUAAAUCUUCUAAAGGCUUUAUAAAGGAAGAUCCGGUACCACCGGAUUAUGGGACGUCAUGUCCAUAUAAUAAAGGUAUUAGUGAGACUAUAUUUGAUGGUUAUACGCCUUUACUGGAUGAACAUCAUAUAAUUCAAGAGAAUGAGAUUCCAGAGGACUUUAAAUAUGGAACAACAGUUAAUCAAUGUGAUAUUUCAAUAAGAAUGGAUUUUGUUAGAAAAGUAUAUUCUAUACUUUUUGUGCAAAUCAUAGCAUCAGUUUUAAUUUCAGGAGUUUUAACAAUGAAUAAGAUGUUAAGAGAAUAUAUUGUAUCUAAUCCAAUGAUAAUUUUUUUUUCAAUGUUUGGGAGUAUUGGUACAUUACUUUUUUUAUCAUGGAAACGGCGUUCAUGUCCAUUAAAUUUCUAUCUUCUCGCUUUAUUUACAUUAUUUGAGUCAUUUACAAUUGGAACUAUAGUUUCUUUUUAUAAUAGUAAUGUUGUUUUGGAAGCACUUUUAAUUACUACAGGAAUAUUUUUGGGGUUAACGCUAUUUACAUGGCAAAAUAGAUAUGAUUUUAGCAGUAUAGGGGGUUAUUUAUAUUUUGGACUUAUAGUAUUUUUGUCAGGAGGGCUGGUUUCCUAUUUUUUCCCUUAUAAUAGGACAUUUGAUUUACUAUACGCUAUGUUUGGGGCUCUUAUUUUUAUAGGAUAUAUACUUUAUGAUACAUCAAAUCUCAUGAAACACUUAUCUCCAGAAGAAUACAUUGUUGGAGCGGUUUCUCUUUAUAUAGACAUUGUAAAUCUUUUUUUGCAAAUUUUAAAUUUGAUUGCAAAAUUAGAUGGAGGAGACAAUGAAUAA